UCCCCUUCUUAUUGGAUCACACCUUUCCUUCAUUUUCUCUCUAGAAGCUCUAGAAAUUUGCAGCGAUUGAAUCAUGAUGUCUUCCAAACACGACAACCUUAGUUUGAGCCUUGGAUUGAGCUUUGAUUCUCAUUAUUUGCAGCUCAAUCUCCGGCCUUCUUGGAAUGAUCAUGCCUCAUCAGAUCGGACAUCGGAAAACCGGAUGCCACCAUCGCCGGUGGAUUGCGAGGAGGAGGAGGAGGAGGAGGAGGCGGCGGUGUCGAGUCCUAACAGUACGGUUUCGACUGUGAGUGGUAAGAGGAGUGAACCAGAAACCAACAACGGCGAGGAUCUCGACGGCGAUGAAGAAGACGCUGAAACUUCUAGAAAAAAACUUCGUCUCACUAAAGAUCAGUCCGCCGUCUUGGAAGACAGCUUCAAAGAACACAACACUCUCAAUCCUAAGCAAAAGCUAGCGUUGGCUAAACAAUUGGGUCUCCGGCCACGACAAGUCGAAGUCUGGUUCCAAAACAGAAGGGCAAGGACAAAAUUGAAGCAAACGGAAGUUGACUGUGAGUUUCUAAAGAGAUGCUGCGAGAAUCUAACGGAGGAGAACAGGCGGUUGCAAAAAGAAGUUCAAGAACUGAGAGCACUGAAACUUUCCCCUCAGUUCUACAUGCACAUGGCCCCACCCACCACCCUCACCAUGUGCCCAUCAUGUGAGCGCGUGGCGGUCCCAUCCUCCACGUCGGCUCCACUUAACGUAACCAGAAUGGGCCCGGCUCAAGCCCAAGCCCAAUCCAAGGCCCUUCACGCGCGGCCUAUCCAUGUCAACCCGUGGGCCCCCGCCAUCCCGGCCCGGCCCUUUAACGCUCUCCACCCUCGCUCGUAAAUACUUUCAGUUGGGCCGGAUUUGGUGGGCCUCUUUUUUGUAAUAUUGGGCCUAUCUUGUCAUAUUUAAGGUUCAGUAGUUUUAUUUUUUCUUUGUAAGGUUUAGGGAAAUUGGAGACAAAAAAUAAAAAAUAAUAAAAAAAUAAAAAAAGUGAGUUGUAAAGUGAGAAUGAGAUGCCUAAUUUAUUACUAUUAUUAUUAUU